AUGUCCGACUUGCCAAGUAUCAGAAUCACACAAUCACUUCCCUUUGUCAAUUCUGGAUGUGAUUACGCUGGACCAAUUACUCUCAAGGAUCGAAAGGGUCGCAACGCUAAGAAGUCAAAGGGAUACAUAUGCCUCUUCGUGUGCCUCGUCACCUCGGCACUACACCUGGAACUAGCCACUGAUCUCAGCACAGAGACAUUUCUGGCAGCUCUGAGAAGAUUCAUGUCGCUCCGAGGAAAAUGUGCACAAAUCUACAGUGAUAAUGGCAGGAACUUUGUAGGAGCAAGGCGAGCAUUGGACGAGAUGCAACAACUCCUGGCAUCUUCACAGCAUAAGGAUCGAGUCUCGCAGACAUUGGCUGAUGAAGGCAUUAAAUGGGUCUUCAUUCCAUCGUACGCACCUCACUGGGAAGGAAAGUGGGAGUCUUCCUUAAGAUCAGUCAAGCUUCACCUGCGCCGCGUCAUUGGCAACACUAUCCUAACGUUUGAACAGAUGCACACCCUAUUAGCACAGAUAAGUGCAGUGGUAAACUCAAGACCACUGUAUUAUACACCGGACACCGACGUCACAUAUCUGUCUCCAGCACACCUAUAG